AUGAAUGUGCGCCGCGGCUUGAAUAUUGGCUUCCUGCAAAUGGAAUCUUUUAUUCGCUACGGUUUAUUAAUGGAUCUAUUGAAAACGGAUCCAGGAGGCCGACAACCGGGCGCACUUAGACUGUACACUAUCAACGUUCCCUUCACACCACCAAACGAUGAUAUAGAGUUUGCUGAUGUCAGCAUUCCUGAACUUGUUCUGUAA